ACCCGCAUCCAGUACUCCUGUCACCCCCACUACCACAUGGAGAGUCCGGGCGACGGAACCUAUACCUGCACAGCUUCUCGUCGCUGGAUCAACCGCAGUGUCAGGGAGACCAUUCCCUACUGUGCCCCAGUGUGCGGGAAGCCGGAGCAGCCCGUGGACAGGGGAACAGCUCGGAUCUUCGGGGGCGCCCCGGCGCCCAACGCCAGCUUCCCCCUGGCAGGUGUACCUGCGGCCCCCGCAGCAGCAGGGCCGGGGCUCCGGGGUGCUGAUCGACCCGCGCUGGGUGCUGACCGCCGCCCACGUCUUCUGGCUCAAGCACCAGCCGCGGCCGGACGCCAAGACGCUGAGGAGCUACGGCGUCUACCUGGGCGACAACGACCUGGAGGACCUGCUGGAGUCGGCCGGCCAGCCGGUGGAGGGGGUCUACCUGCACCCGGGGUACGCGGGCGGCGACAACCCGCAGUUCACCCACGACCUGGCCCUGAUCAAGCUGGCCGCGCCGGUCACCCUCGGCCGCUACGUCGUCCCCGCCUGCCUGCCCGAGCGGGGCCACACCCAGCUCUACGGCACCGGGCAGCUGGGCUACGUGGCGGGCUGGGGCGUCACGCAGGACCAGAGGCUGCUCAACCGGCUGCACUACGUGGGGCUGCCCGUGGCCGACCAGGAGAGGUGCCGCCGGGUGAUGGAGAAGGCGCAGCAAGGGCUGGGGGGCGAGCUGCUCCGCCUGGGGCCCGGUAUGUUCUGCGCCGGCACGGGCCUCGGCGAGACGGACUCGUGCCAGGGCGACAGCGGCGGGGCGUUCGCCGUCCGCCGGCGGGACGACGACGCCUGGUACGUGACCGGCCUGGUGUCCUGGGGGCUCGGCUGCGGCCGCAACGGCACCUACGGCGUCUACACCCGCGUGGAGAGCUACCUGCCCUGGAUCCGCCAGACAAUGGCCGGGGGCCAGGACUGACACCCAACGCCAAAUCCCCCCACCGUCGUCCCUCUCCACUCCCAGCCACCCGCCGUCAUCCACUCCCCAACCUGUCCCGCACAGUUACCGUCCAGACCCCCUCACAACCCCCAGGAGGGGUGACUGCACCUUCG